UUGGUUUCAGCUCAAGCUUGUGCAGAUGUUCUGGCAUUAGCCAAAGAAGCUAGAAAGCGAAAUCUUGGUCCUCUUCAUCCUUCCUUUAAUGUGAUAAAGAUAAUAAGAGAUGGACUGAUGAGAAAUCUUCCAGAAAACACUCACCAGUUGUCAUCGGGCAGACUGUGUAUUUCGCUAACCAGAGUAUCAGAUGGUAAAAAUGCAUUGAUAUCUAAUUUUAACUCUAAAGAAGAAGUUGUUCAGGCUUUAAUCUGUAGUUCAUUUGUCCCUAUUUAUUGUGGCCUAAUUCCACCGUCAUUUAGAGGUGUGCGCUAUGUGGAUGGAGGAAUCAGUGACAACUUACCUCACUAUGAAUGUAAGAAUACCAUCACAGUUUCGCCUUUCGCUGGAGAGUGUGAUAUCUGUCCAAAGGGGAACUCUGCCAGCUUCCAUGAAAUGAAUGUGACCAAUACCAGCAUUCAGCUCAGUUUGGGGAACCUUUAUCGUUUAACACAAGCGCUCUUUCCACCAGAACCUAAGGUACUAGGAGAGAUCUGUGAGCAAGGAUAUUCAGAUGCUCUUAAAUUCCUGAAAGAGAAUGGUAUUCUGAAUGACUCAAUUUGUAUCCACUUGUCCUUCACAAAAAGAAAUCCUCAUGAGGCUGCACAACACAUUGACCAUAUGAAGAAAAAAAAAUUGACAGAAAAUAACAGAGUAGAAACUUUGAAAAUGGAAGUACGUAAUGACCAGCUGAAGCAAAAUCCAUGGCCUUUGGAGAAGAGCAUAUUUGAGAGCCUACCUCCUAGGCUUCGUAAAGCACUGCAGGAAGCUUGUAAAGAACAGAAUGGAUUCUAUGCUCAGUUCUCUAAACUCUUCCCAAUGCGGGUGAUAUCCUAUCUGAUGCUACCGUAUACACUACCAGUGGAGUCUGCUUACUCUGUUGCUUUACGGUUAGUAAACUGGUUUCCUGACAUGCCUGCUGAUGUUCGAUGGAUGCAAGAACAGCUUUGUCGGAUUGCUGGUACAGUUUAUUCCCAGGCUAAAAGCAAGCUGUUCUGUACAUCCAGGAAAGACAAUUAUGCAUCACUAAGAAAAUGUCAAACUGUCCCAUCUGCUAUGGAAUUUCAUUCUUCAUACUGCCACCUUAAAAUGCCUCACUCGUCUGCGGACCUUGAAACCUGGCUCUGGGAGUCUUCAUGCUUCAUGCAGUCAGCUAUGAAAAAUGCUUCUGCUAACAUGCAGGAGCAUUCAGACUUAAACUCCUAUCCUAAUUUUCUCCCAAAUUCUGAUGAGUCUGGGUUGGAAAUAGAUUUUGACUCUUCCUCAGAGACAAGUUUCCAAACUGCUCCAGAGUAUUAAUUUGGAAGUAGAUUCCACAGUUUCCAAAAUUCCAAUUUGGCAGAGAAAUUUAAAUCCUAAAGGACUAAAGAUCACUUUGUUUAUUGCCAAUAAGUCUUGGAAAAUUAUUUGUUUACACCUUCCUGACAAAUCUGCCUUGGAAAUUCUGCUGUUUUAAGGAUUAUAGAAGCAGUGGCUGCUAUACUAAGCGACAGACUACAAUUCUGUCGAAGCACCAGCUCAAUCAAC